UUGAUGGUAAAAAGGUGAAGAAGGUCCCAAAAUCUGACUUUUAACAGGUCAUGAGGACAACUAUGUGUGCGAAUGAUAAUUUUCCUGGUAGAGAUGGAUCAGAAUUUAGGUAGGAAUGGCAUUCAUCGCGACGUACAUGAAAUAUAUCAACAAACCAGGCCUGGGACCGCAACGAAAUCAUCAGCAAUUAAUAGUUCAAGGAAUCGAUAUAGAUCUCAGCAGCAACAACCUGGCAGAUACUUAUGUGUCGACACAAGAAAAGAUCAAGUAUAUGCACCUAGACUUGGACACCCAAACUCACAUCACACACAGGACUAUUACAGUACAAGCACUAAAGCACAACAUUUUAGCAAAGAUGUGCGAUCAAAUUUACCCACUAAAGGAAUAAAAAAGAUUGUUCAACCUGACAGCUUAUGCAAAUUCAAGACAACUUUAGCAGUAGACUAUGUUCGUGAUAUUUUGGAUGAGACUUCUUCAAUUUAUCGCCCUACAACUCAAAAAAAUGGUUUAAAGAAAAAGGGACCAUUACGACCACUUCUUGGUACAGGGCUGCACAGCUUGCAACCAAAUGUUACAAAAUGUCUUGGUAUACAAAACGAUCGUCAAAAGAAGACAGUGAUCGUAGACGAUGGUCUGGGAGUUCGUGACGAAGUUGUCAGUCCUGACAUAAUACGUUUUUCAUCCGCCACUAAAAUCAUUUCACCCAGUACUCUGACAGUUGAUUUGCGCAAGCUUUCUCUUGUUGAUCAAAGCGAAACCGCUUCAAAUAUCAGCGUUAUUUACGGAGAACAACAGACAGAAGAUUUAGUUAAGAAUCCAAAACGUAUCAUAUUUAAUAGAAAUUUUGAAUCCAACGAUGAUGGUGACGAUUCUUGGACAAAAACCACUGAUUCUGAAAAUAAGAUUUUUGAUCAUCACAUUGAUGAUGAUGAUCAAGGUAUCGAUGAUUUCUUCGAUUGUAACCACAAGAUAGAUUAUAAUUGUGGAACAUGUGAUAUUGAUGGUAUCCUUCAAGCAAAUGAUUAUCGUGAUUGUAUCCAUACUGUCGUGAAUGAUGAUAGUGAUAGUUGUGAUGAUAUUGAUGAUGAUAGAACUCUUCAUAAUAUGAAUUGCAAUGAGACUCACAAGACAGAUAAAGAAAUUUAUUCCUUUCGAGAAGAGGAAGAAUCGAUUCCAAAGACUAUUUCUGAGGAGAAAUUCACAAAAUCAUAUGCAUGGCAAAUAAAUGAAAGUUUUGACCAUACGAUUUCUGGGAAAAACGACUCUAAAAUAGACAGAAGAUUAGAAAUCAGAAAUGAUUCUUUUCCAAAACUGUCCGAAGUGCAUCAAGGAAUCGCCGAUGAUAACGCACUGGAGGAAACGAACACUGAGGCUGCAGUAUUAACAUGCGAUAAACCGCCCACAACAGAUCAGGAUAGUGAACAAAAAACUAAAGAUCACGAGCGACAGAACGCUUGUGGUAAACCAUUCUUGAAUUCUGGUGUUUCCACUACACCUUCAGGCAACCAAAGUAGCCCAGAUCAAGAUAGCGUGCAAGUCAAAGAUAUCUGGAAAGCUCUCAACGAUGGUGGUUUUGAUAUUUCCAGAGAGGAAGUGUCUAAAUAUAAAGUAAACACGACUAGACCAAGAAUAAAAUCUGCUCCGGCUCGAAGAAUGUCUUCACAGACAACAAAUUCUCUCUUUAAAGAUGUCCCAACGCGUGUGAAAUCUGCCAUUAGUAGGCAAAGAACUCUGCGUGAAAAGGUGAAGACAGAGUGCUUGGAAGAUUUAUCUGGGGAUGAUAGUCCCAGUGUUAGUGGUUUUUCUCAAGACGAGCCAGGAGAAGGAAAGCUGAAAGCAAGCGAUGAUUCCCUACGUAAUGACCAAAGUACAUUGGAGGUUGUGGCCAUCAGCAAGCCAUUUACAAAGCUCAUAAGAAAAAAAAGAAUUCCGCCUGUACCUCCGUUGAAUUUUCAAAUCAACACUAUUCCAAAAUCUGGCCAUUUCUUUUACUUUGCUUAUGGUCUCAACAUGAACCAAAAAAGAUUAGAAAUUAAACUAAAAUGCCAGACAGGUUUUCGAUAUUGGGGUUUGCUUUUCGGUUUCAGAUUACUCUUCAACAAGAAAGGUUCGGCUGAAGGUGGUGUAGGAUUUCCAAAUAUAGCGUACGAACCUGGAUUUUCUGUCGAAGGAUGUGUUUAUGAGCUAUCAUUGGACUACCUUUCACUUUUAGAUACUUGUAUUGGUUUUCCAAAGCAUUAUUCAAGAUUGAUUGUACCAGUGUGGAUGUGUAAUAGUUUAAACCCAGUUGAACAUGGUGUCUGUCAACAUUGUGUACCCGCUGUAGUUUAUAUUGCACAAGACGACUGGAUCGCUCCAGAUCCAGCAACGCUUGAUACAUCUUUCACAUUGAAACAAUGUAUUUUGGGAACAGAUUUAUUGACUUCAAAUUAUCAACAUUUUUUAGACAAUCAACGAGCUGUUGCGGAUACAACUUUGAUGUAAUUAUUGUAAUUAGGCUGUGUAUAUACAAUGUAAGAUUUGUAAAUUAACCAUGUUUUCGGCCUGAAUAUUUAGGCGAUUAUUAUAGUUAACUUUUUGUAUAGUUUACUGCCUGAAGGCGAAGCGUUGCGAAGAAAAAACAAGUUUUUU